GACUCCUGCUACUUACGGAGGUAUAGCAGCCCUGCUCCUACAUUUCGCUGCCUAACUCUGUCCUGAAUGCACUGGAGUAGGGAUGGUCUGUCCGUGGCUAUAAACUGCUUCUCUUCAGGAAACUACAUUAGCUCACCAUCACUUCAAAGGUCUCGUCAGACAGAGGUGACGCCAGGGGAUGAUUUAAAGGUGAACAUGACAAGGUUUCCACCCCUCAAACCUUGGUUCCUUUUCUGACAAUACAGUGAACGAACCCAGCGUCUUCACAACUGUGGAAACAGGACUGGAAGAGGGAAGCGUGCUUUUUUUUUUCCUUCAAUUCCUAAUAAAGAACUGCUGGGAAGCAUUCUCUUUGAAAAAAAAAUCUCAGAACUGUGGCACAGAUGGAUUUUAAAAAGUGUUAGCUCUUUCCAAUGAACACUAGGAGAGUGCCCUGCUCUUGGCUGGAUUUUUCAGAGAAUGACAAUGGUCUCUGCAAUGUCCUGGGUCCUGUACUUGUGGAUAAGUGCUUGUGCGAUGCUGCUUUGCCAUGGGUCACUCCAACAUACCUUCCAGCAGCACCACCUGCACAGGCCAGAAGGAGGGACCUGUGAAGUGAUAGCGGCCCACAGGUGUUGCAACAAGAACCGCAUUGAGGAGCGGUCACAAACAGUGAAGUGUUCCUGUCUACCUGGGAAAGUGGCUGGGACAACAAGAAACCGACCUUCCUGUGUGGAUGCCUCCAUAGUGAUUGGGAAAUGGUGGUGUGAGAUGGAACCCUGCCUAGAAGGAGAAGAAUGUAAGACACUCCCUGACAACUCUGGAUGGAUGUGUGCUACAGGCAACAAGAUUAAGACCACACGAAUUCACCCAAGAACCUAACAGAAGCAUUUGUUAUAUAAAUAGCAAAAAAAGAACAACCUGUGGAAAAUACAUUGUGAGGAUUUAAAACAUCUUACACACUGGCAAGCCAAAUGGAUCUCUUAUUUGCACCUUGGUUACCAGAUAAUCACAGUGCACUUACUCUGUGAAACAAAGCAUCCCAAAAGAAGAAGACUCGGGAUUUUCUGGCAACAUCAUGGAAAAUGGCUUUUAAAAAAGAAUGAAGUUUUUUCUGUGAAAUUUGUGGGAUCAUGAAGAACGAUCAACCGUCUUCUAAUUCGGAACUACCAUUACUUUGUACCAUUUGAAAUAUAUGUAUAUAUAUAAUAUUUUGAAAUAUUAUAUAUUCUCUUCAAGAAAUGAACAGUACCACAGUGUGAGGUGGCUGGUGUACCCCUUUCAGUUUUGGAUGUUUGGUCGGUUUUGUUUCGUUUGCCAUUCCUUUUUUCUCUCAGUGAGGAAGAUACAUGCCCAUGUGAGAAUCCAACAUGGCACUCUCCCUGGAAGGCCAGCUGCAAGCCGACUCCUGGAAUCAGAGGCAUCCUAAAAGUACUGAGUCAAGAGCUUCCCCCUGUUUCUACCUGGUGACCCAAGGAAGCUCCUCGUCCUGAUUUAUUGCUUUCUAUCCUGUGCAAUAUUAGCAUGCAAGCUUGGCUUACAUAACCAUACUUUAUACUCGAUUGAUAUAUAAUAACCGUUCUAACCUCUUCCAGGAAAAUAUUUUUAGAACUACUAGCUUUUCCACAGAUAAGCAAAUGAGGAUUCUUGAGGGAGCUGCUCCACCGUGCUAUUAAGACUCUGGCAGGAUGGUAGGAUGUAGAUCCCUAUAUUAAUAAGUCCUGUAAAUACAGUGUCUUAGGGCUUUGUAUAGCUGUCCUAGACUGCAGAAGUGUCCUCUGAUUAAAUCCAAAGUCUGCCAUUGUUAACUACAUAGUGCUGUAGCAACAAGUUUUAUCAUGGCUCCUCUUUCUGUGUUUGAUUUGCUUUUUCCUAGAGUAUUCACAUCUCCUCUGAUGAGAUAGGAAAGCUAUGAAAGCAAUUAGGUUUCACAAUGAUCUAUGUGACCAAGUGUUGGACAGCCCUAUUAAAGUGGUAAAUAACUUCUUUCUUAA